AUGGUGUCCCACACAGUGGUGGUGCCCUACAACACCACUUUCUCAGUCUACCAGCUCAUAGAAAAUGCAGGUGAGACCUUUUGCACUGAUAAUGAAGCUCUCUAUGACAUCUGCUUCAGAACCCUAAAGUUGCCCACACCCAACUAUGGUGACCUGAACCACCUGGUAUCUGCCACCAUGAGUGGAGUCACCACCUGCCUGCACUUCCCAGGCCAGCUGAAUGCUGACCUUGGGAAGCUGGCCAUAAACAUGGUCCCAUUCCCCCACCUGCACUUCUUCAUGCCUGGCUUUAUCCUGCUGACCAGCCGGGGUAGCCAGCAGUACCAGGCCUUGAUAGUGGCUGAGUUCACCCAGCAGAUGUUUGAUGCCAAGAAUAUGCUGACUGCCUGUGCGACCCUGCAAGGCUGCUACCUAAUGGCAGCUGCCAUUUUCAGGGGCCACAUGUCCCGGAGGGUGGUGGACGAGCAAAUGCUUAACAGCCAAAACGAGAACAGCAGCUACUUUGCUUACUGGAUCCCCCACAAUGUGAAAACAGCUUUCUGUGACAUCCCAUCCCCAGGGCUAAAAAUGUCUGCUGCCUUCACUGGCAACAACAUGGCCAUCCAGGAGCUGUUCAGGCACAUUUCAAAGCAGUUCACUGCCAUGUUCGGGCACAAGGCCUUCUUGCCCUGGUGCAUGGAUGAGAACAUGGAUGAGAUGGAAUUCACUGAGGCCAAGAGCAACAGGAACAACCUGAUGUUCGAGUACCAACAGUACCAGGAGGAGGGAGAGUUUGAGGAGUGGGCCCAGGAGGAGGUGGCCUAG